GCUAACUUUGCUAAAGCUGACUGAAAGCUGGUGUUUUUUAAUCUAUCUACACACCUGAGCUACCUACCUAACUAACUAGAUAACUGUCGUAUCCUCCUCCUGUGUGUGUUGUGUUUGUGUGUGUGGUCGUGGCUGCCACACACACAUGCCAGCCGACAUGGACUGAAAACAAACCCAAACGCACACAUACAGGCGUUUUUACGUGCUUUUGUUUGGUAGCUAGUUAGCGGUUAUCUAUCGUUUCUCUCUCUCUCUCUCUCUGUGGAAUUGAGUGUGUUUUUGCCUCGCCGUGUGAGGAAAGAGGGGCUCCCGGCUUAAAGGUGGGAAACAUGGAGGAGGACAGUCCCCAAGAAACCGCGGAGCAAACCAAAGACUCGGACCGCCAGCACCGCCUGAGACUCUGCGUGCUGAACGAGAUUUUGAACACGGAGCGGGAUUAUGUGCGGACCCUGACUUUCCUGCAGUCGGCCUUCCUACAGAGGAUAAGGCAGACGGCAGAAGACCAGCAAUGUCUGACGUCAGAACAAGUCAAGAUCUUGUUCUCCAACAUCGAGGAGAUCCUGGACGUCCACCGUGAGGUCCUCUCUGCACUGGAGGCCAUUCUGCAGCCUGAGCCACAGCAUCACCAUGCACUUGGACACGUCUUCCUCCAGUUUAGAGGUCAUUUCUCAGUUUAUGGAGAAUACUGCAGCAACCACGAGAAAGCCCUGAAGCUACUAAUAGAGCUCAACAAGAUCCCCCACAUCCGCACCUUCUUAUUGCACUGUAUGCUGCUGGGAGGAAAGAAGAGCACAGAUGUUCCUCUGGAGGGCUACCUGCUCUCCCCCAUCCAGAGGAUCUGCAAAUACCCGCUACUACUAAAGGAGCUGUUAAAGCGGACCCCCAAGAAGCACACAGAUUACCCGGCCGUGGAGGAGGCGCUGCAGGCCAUGAAGGAGGUGUGCUCCAACAUCAACGAGACCAAGAGGCAGAUGGAGAAACUGGAGGCUCUGGAGCAGCUGCAGUCGCACAUAGAGGGCUGGGAGGGGACAAAUCUAACUGAUAUCUGCACUGAGUUGCUUCUCCACGGGAACCUCCUAAAGAUCUCGGCAGGAAACAUCCAGGAGAGAGUUUUCUUCCUGUUUGACAACCUGCUAGUGUACUGCAAGAGGAAGUCCAGAGUUUCUGGGAAGAAGUCCACUAAGAGGACGAAGUCCAUUAAUGGCCCCCUGUAUGUCUUCCGUGGCCGAAUCAACACGGAGGUGAUGGAGGUGGAGAAUGUGGAAGAUGGAACUGCGGAUUACCACAGUAACAACUACACUGUGACCAACGGCUGGAAGAUUCACAACACGGCCAAAAACAAGUGGUUUGUUUGUAUGGCCAAGAAUGCAGAGGACAAGCAGAAAUGGCUGGAUGCCAUUUUGAAAGAGCGUGAACAGAGAGAGAGUCUGAAGCUGGGCAUGGAGCGGGAUGCGUACGUAAUGAUCGCAGAGAAAGGAGAGAAGCUCUACCACAUGAUGAUGACCAAGAGCCGCCAUCUCAUCAAAGACAGGCGACGGAAGCUCAGCAUCGUGCCCAAGUGCUUCCUGGGGAAUGAGUUUGUGGCCUGGCUGUUGGACACUGGAGAGAUCAGUAAGCCAGAGGAGGGCAUCAAUUUGGGUCAAGCGUUGCUGGAAAAUGGCCUCAUCCACCACGUAUCAGAUAAGCACCAGUUUAAGAACGAGCAGGUUCUGUACCGGUUCCGCUAUGAUGACGGCACUUACAAAGCAAGGAGCGAGAUGGAGGAUAUCGUAUCAAAGGGUGUGAGACUCUACUGUCGUCUCCACAGUCUGUUCACACCUGUAAUCAAAGAUAGAGAUCACCACCUGAAGACGUUUAAGUCCGUGCUCCCGGCCAGCAAACUGGUGGACUGGCUUCUGUCACAGGGAGACUGCUCCACUCGGGAGGACGCCGUCACGCUUGGGGUCGGCCUUUGUAACAAUGGCUUCAUGCACCACGUUUUGGAGAAGAGUGAGUUUAAGGAUGAGUCUCAGUUCUUCCGUUUCUACGCUGACGAGGAGACGGAAGGCACCAGCGCCAAAAGCAAGCAGCUCCGCAACGACUUCAAACUCAUCGAGAACAUCCUCGUCAAGUCUCUGUUGAUUCACCCUGAGGAGGAAGAUUAUGGGUUUGAGAUUGAGGAGAAGAAUAAAGCCAUCGUGGUGAAGAGUGUAACCAGAGGCUCCUAUGCUGAGAUGGCAGGGCUGCAAGCUGGCAAGAAGAUCUACUCCAUUAAUGAAGACCUGGUGUUCCUGAGGCCGUUCUCUGAGGUGGAGACCAUGAUCAAUCAGUCGUUCUGCAUACGCCGCUCUCUCAGGCUUCUGGUGUCCACCAAAAACAAGGAACUUGUGAAGGUUCCAGACUGCAGAGACGGCCUAUCCUUCAAACUGAGCGGCUCCUCCCCUCCAUAUGUGCACGCCGUGAAGAAAGGUUCAGAUGCAGCAGCAGCCGGUUUACAGCCCGGUCAGUGUGUGCUCAAAGUGAACGGUGCCAACAUGAACCACAGCAUCUUUGAGGAGGUGCUGGAGCACUUCAGUAGUUACAGACCUGAAGAGGAGCAGAAUGAACCGGCUUGUGGUCAGUGGGUGUAUCGUGUGUAUGACGAUGUGGAGGAACAGGCGUUCAGUUCUUGCCUAUCUGAAAACGGUUCAGAGGCAGAGGAAAACGGCUGCUCUAAUGGAGCAGAUGCUCCACUUGUCAAUCUGAUGGUGGACAAUGUACACUUGGAGCAUGGUGUUGUGUAUGAGUAUGUGAGCACUGCCGGUAUUAAGCACCAUGUGCUGGAGAAGAUGGUUGAACCUAAGGGCUGUUUUAGUCUCACAGCAAAGAUAUUGGAAGCUUUUGCUAAAGAUGACGACCACUUUGUGACCUGCUGCAGUCAUCUGAUUGCUCAGAGCGACCGGGUAGUGUCCAUGCCCCAGUAUGAGUUCAGAAACAUCUGUGACACCAAACUGGAGAGCAUUCAGAAACGCAUCUGCAGCUACAGACAGUUUGCAGACGAGCUGCGGAACAAGGCCUCUCCCAUGUUUAAGCAGGCCAGCACAAAUUCACACGCUCUGAGCUGCAUGGACUUCGUGCCCACCAACUGCCACUUAAACCUAAUGCAGGUGUCCUGCCCCAAGACCAGCACGUCAGCGGGCCGUGCCUUCAGCAUUCGAUUCGGACGCAAAAACUCCUUCUUUGGCCUGGACCCUGACCAAGGUCAGGUUUAUUCCAAUCUGAACCCCAUGUCCCACACGGUGCACUGUGUGACCAGCAUGGCGGCUCCUUCCUGGAGCUGCCGCGGUCUGGACGAGGAGCUGGACGGAGGUGAGGGGGGCGUGGAGACCGGCAGGAAACGGACGCAGGGAGAAGGAGGCCUGAGCUUUCUCCUCAAACACGAGGACACGGAGACCCAGGACAACUACAUCUGCCUCUAUAACCGGCUGGACGUCGCCGUGAGGGAGAUGAGGCUCUACGUGGCUCAGAUUGAUGUGCUUCUGUCAUCCAUCACUGGACCCAUCCAGCCUCAGGGGACUGAGCCCCCCUCUUUUGACAGUGUCCCCCCUACCUCCCCAGGCCACGAGGAGUCAAAUCAAAGCAAGAGAGUGUGCUUCAAAGUGAACGAGGACGACCAGGAGGACUCAGGGCAUGACACCAUGAGCUACAGAGACUCUUAUAGCGAGUGCAACAGUAACAGGGACUCAGUGCUGUCCUACACCAGCGUCCGGAGCAACAGCUCGUAUCUGGGGAGUGAUGAGAUGGGCUCAGGAGAUGAGCUGCCGUGUGACAUGCAGAUUCCCCUGGACAAACAGGACAAGCUGCAUGGCUGCCUGGAACAUCUUUUUAAUCAGGUGGAUUCCAUCAACAGCCUCCUGAAAGGGCAGGUCAUGAGCAAAGCCUGCGAGGAAACCAAGCAUUUCCACCCUGACCACAGCCAGCCAGAAUUCCGCCACACGGACGACUGGACAGCACGCUGCAGAUACAUCCUACACAAGAACAUCCAGGAGGACCCAUGGAACCUGCCCAGCUCCAUCAAGAACCUGGUGGACAGUCUGCAUGGCUUUGUAGAGGAUGGGAGGAAUCAGCUCUUGUUGGCCUUACUGAAAUGCACAGACACAGACCUGCAGCUGAGGAGAGAUGUAAUUUUCUGUCAGGCUCUGGUGGGGGCUCUGUGUGCUCUGGCGGAGCAGCUGAUCUGGGCACUGAACAUGCGCUUUAACAACAACGGCGAGUACGAGGACGACAGCAAGGAGGUCAGCCGCAAGUGGCUGGAGCAGAUCUCAGCCAUCGGAGUGCUCUUCAACUUCCAGUCCACACUUUCACCACACGUGAGAGAGGAGCGCACCAGUCUGGAGGACACUAAGGCGGCUCUGUUGGAUCUGGAUAAAGUCACCGUGCUGUUUCGGUCGCUGGAGAAUGAAUGCCUUGUUGCAAACACGCCGGUGCACUAUCAGGUGGAGGGGAGCCGGCAGGCCAUACGGGUCACUCUGUACCUGGACAGCUGUCACUUCAGCGAGCUGCCCAUACGACUGCAGAACGGAGGCAGUCUGAAGCUUCACUCUGUGCUGUUCAGCAGAGCACUGGAGAGGCCUGAGGGAGCGCCAACUCAGGACUUUGUGGCGAUGGAGGAGUUUCAGCAGCGGAUCAAUGCUGUAUCUCUGGAGAAGGUCAAGUUCUACUACCGCAGACUCAGGGCUUUCUACCUGGAGAAAUCCAAUUUACCUUCAGAAUCAAAUUCCACUGCCAUGAAAAUAGAUCAGCUCCUUCGUCCUCUCAACACUCUGGAUGACCUGUGCCGGCUGAUGCAGACCUACAUGAAUGUGAGGCCCAGCGCUGCGGGUCAUCCGUCCGGGGUCAGCGUGCUCCUGGUCUCAUCAGAGCUGUGCAGCCGUCUGGGAGCCUGCCACAUCACCAUGUGCUCCACAGGCUUGCAGAGGUGCACUCUGACGACCUCUCUUGAGCAGGCCAUGAACCUGGCCAGAAACCACGGCCUCAUGCCCCGCUGCUUCAUGCAGGCUAUGGAUAUCAUGCGCAAACAGGGCACCAGAGUAGAGAUCUCUGCCAAAAACCUCAAAGUGAUGGAUCAGAUGCCUGCCUUUGCACCAAGGCUCUUCAAGCUGUGUCUACCACCGUCUGAUGGUGACCUCUGAGUUACCGUCUUGGUCGUGUUCCUCACUGUAGCCUCUUCUUGACCAAUCACUUUUAAGGAUUUAAUAGAAGUAUUACUGAGUGUGGGACAUUGUGGCAAACAACGUAUAAAAGAUAACGAUGGCUUUAUACCUUCGCCAGACAUUUCCGAUGACCACGGUUUUGCUUGAAUCCCUGCUCUCGGACAUUUUUGCCAGAGGCUGGACAAGAGGGCCCAGCGUGGAAAAAAGAUGAUUGGCUAGCACAUCGCUGACUGGUUAGCAGAGUUUGCUGUUGUUGCAAUGGCACAGACUCCACUCUUAACAUACUCGGGCACUUUUGCCUCUUGCGCUUGACGGCCUCGCUAAGCCCUCACUCAACUGCGCCCUUAUUUUUACUGGAGUUUAACAGUUACUAAACUACCUGCAGGUAAUAAGACUGUGUUUCUCACUUUGCCUUCGACUGCAGCACCAGCGAGCUAGCUGGUUCAGUCUAUAGAUGGCGAGGCUGCCUCAGAUAUUCGUGGUGAUUAUGUGCAAUUACUGUAGCUUAGCAUGUGCGCUCCUGCACUAUUCCUUAUAUGAGAGAAAGUGUUCUACAGAAAGAUUUUUAUUUUAUUAUUUUGUCUAUCAGUUCUGUCAGUAUCUAUCAGGUAUUACAACUUUUACUGAAACCAUUCCAGUCUUAACAGCCCGGCAGUAUUAUUAUAUUUGGACCAAUCUGACACUGUUUAAGAUGUGUGUUGUCUUAGUUUGUAUGUUGAAAUGCUUUAUUCUAUUCUGUUUUAUGUUAUUACACAGUCAUUUGUCAUCUGUCUGUACACAGUAUACGGGAGGAUAACCGUAUAGAAAUAGAAAUGAAGAUAAUUAUUAGGUAAAUCAAGCUAAAUAAAGGUAAAUAAGGUUUCUCAGUUUAACAGAUUGACACUCAGCAUUGUCACUGAAGAUUUAAGAUUUUUAAAUGUUUCUUUUACUAAUCAAAACUCAGAGAAAUGACGUAUCUCGUGUGCAUGUCUGAUUUUGGCACUUUCUUUUUAAAGCUAAUCUAUGCCAUGUUACAGUACGCAGUGCACUGUUCUAUAGAGAGUAGCAUCAGUGUUUGAGAAGCACAAUAAACAAAAAAAAGGCUCAAAUUAUUCACCAGUGUUUUGCUAAAAGUACUGUGCGUUUUAGAUUUUAGCAGAAGAAAACAAAAGGGAUCACUGAAGGAUGAAUAGAUAUAGUAAGUUUAUUUUUAUCAGUUUGUUUUUUUAUGUAUAUACUUAUGUAUAACAUUGUCUUUCAGAGGGACGAGUGUACCUGUUUGCUUCUUGGGGAACAGUAAUGCUAUAAUUUAAAUGUAAUUAAUGUUAAAGCAAAACAGUAUGGAAUUGUAAAUCUCACAUUUUGUAAACAUUCUGUAUAUGUGAAUAGCUCCUUAUUGUGUAUUUACACCUAAUUGUUUUCAGUAUUUAAAUGUCUAACCUUAUCCAUGUCGUCAGCAGAGAUUACAGAAUAUAAGUUGGGGUCGGUGAUGUAAGAGUGCUCUGUUUGCUGUCUGAAAUUGGUCUAACUUUUUUUUUUUUUUCUAACCUCAAAGCAAGCUCAAGAACAGCUCAAGAGCUGUUUUACAGUAGGUUGCAUAAUUAAUAAUAAAAACUGCAUUGAUGGCAGUUUCUAAAUUUGUUAUUGGCUAUUUGAUAUUCAAAAUGAAGGGUGUACUCACACUUUGCAAUCUGUUUUUCCCACAAAGCCUGGUUAAUCUGAUCUGGUUUGUAUGGCGUGUGAGUACUCCAUUCCAUGCCUCUUCGGUGAUGCUGCCUCAAGUAAAAGAACAUGAUUAUUAGCACACUGCUGUGUUAAAUCAAAAAUCAAAGUAUUAUGUGAGAAAGGUAACUGUAUUUGUUCACGCAAAACCAUUGCAAACACACUGUGUGGCCUGAGGGUCACAAGUUUGAAUCCUGAGUCAUGCUGCCGCUUUGUCAUCAGCAGCCGGAGUGCGAGCGAGCUCAUUUGGCCAUGCUCUCUUCUCUGGGUGGUGGGUACAGUAGAUGGUACUUUUUCCCCCAAACCACUCCUAGUGUAAUGUAAUCAGUAUCAGAGGAGGCAUGCUCUUGUCCUGACACUCCCAAGGUCGGUUCACUGCAGGUGAUUAGGAUCAGGAGUCCUAGUGAGUGAAUGAGAGAGUGUGUGGGUUAAUUGGCUCAGCUAAAAUUAGGGAGAAAACUAGGUAACAUUUUAGACAUUCGCAGACAUUAAAUUUAUUGGAAUAGUUUACAGUAUGGAUGGGAUCCACACUUACGCUCAAUUUUACUCUGGGAUGCAGAUUUCUAUUCCAGCUAAGCUUUAGCACAAUUGAUCAGAUGUCUGAAAAUUUACACAAGCUAAUGGACAACUGUAGAGAUGUACUGCCAAUAGAAAUUACUAAAGACUUUUGUGGACAGUACAGUAACAUUAUAUUUGUAUGGGCUUAAAACAUUCAUGAGCAUUAAUGUAUUAAUUAAUAACUUAUUUAUAAAGGAUUAUUUGAAUAUUUAUGAACUGCUUGUGCCAUUGCUCACAACAUAAGGCUUUUUAUAACAUAAGUAUGAAAAUGAGAUGAGAUGGCAUUGAUUACAUGCAUGAUUAUACUAAUAAUACACUUGAGGUUUGUGGUAUAACGUGCAAUAUUCACACUGCUGUACGGUGCUGUGCGGUCGUAGGCACCAGCCGCAGGCCAGUAUUACACAUUAAAUCACAAACCUCAAGUGCAUUAUUGCGAUUAUUCCACAGUUCCAUUAAUGCUGUUUAUUGAAAGAUUUUGAGUUAAAUACGAUGAGAAAAUACAAUCUGUUUGGUUAUAAAACUGUGCGAGUUAAAAAAGUUCCAUUGCUGCACUGUUUGGUUUGUAAACGCUGCAUUGUUGCUAGGUUACCUGUAUGUGGCGGAGUAAUACAUGGAGAGUUUCAAUUACAGUGCAUUACCGGCUGAUAACGGCACUCAUAGAACGCCUCUCAGCCAAUCACAUUGCAGGGUCCGAACUAACUGUGGUAUAAUUAACUGUAUACUGUUAUUUAAGACUUUAAAGAACAUUUUCCAAUAUAUAACAUACAUGUCUACUGAAUUCUGCCUAAUGAAGGGGAGUUAUGAAUGGAAAAUCUGUUACCACUUUAGUUUGAGACCCUCAAAAUCAUUCACAGAAAUUGCAUAAGCUGUUCAAAAAUAUUCAAAUAAUGCUUUAAACUUAAUUCAUUAUUUAACACUCAGGAAUGUUAUAAAGCCUCUAUGUAGGCAGCUUUUAAAUAAAGUGUAACCAACAGUAUAGACUCAAAAAACAAAAGCAGAAAAAAGACUUCAUAGCACAACCUGGAACACUUCUAACCUACAGUGUGACACUGAGACUUCAUACCAGUUUAUACAGUGCUGUAUGCUGUGUGUUAUGAUCCACAGCGCCUUCUUAACAUGAACACAGCUGACACAACGCAUCACUCUUACCCUGGAGCCAGAGCUGCAGCUCGAACAAGUACAAGCAAAAUCCAUUACUGAGCCCAGAUCAGCUUGAGCUUGCUUUAGAGGACGCAGGUUAGCUCUUUCAUUUCCAGUAUUUGACUAAUUAAAGUGCAGAGCUGUGUUUAGAUGAGUGUUUCAUGUUAAUUUAACCUGAAUCAGCUUUUGAUAAAGAUCAGUUGAAUCAGGAGCGAUACAGAAAAACAGCAGUGCAUUGACAGUUGCAGGUGAGAGAAUGGCCCUAUAUUAGUUUAAAUCAAUAUUUAAAUGACCGUGAGCAUUUUUAACUGGUAAUAUUUGUUGAUGUUUGAAUGUAAUUAUGAAAUUAUAUAUAUUUUUUGUUUUUUAAUUGAUGAUCGCUUAAUACUGUCUAUGUCGGUUGACUAACAAGUUAUUAAAUCAGGUUUGAGUUAACAUUUGUUGACAGGAUGCUGACUGAAGGAUGUCACUUUAACCCAACACAGCAAUAAUGUUUUUUUUUUUUUUUU